GAGGCACAGCUGAUCGAGUCGAGUUUCGCCAUCAUCUAGGGGACAAGCCUGUGAUGAGAUCCGGUUGUUGUUCUCCUAUGGAGUUGGAUUCAGACCCACGCGUCCGAUAUCUAUGAGAAUUAGAGAAAAGUUCCGAGGUCCGGAACUUCCGAGCUUUUAGACGGCUUCCACUGUUUUGAAGAGGCACGGCGCAAUCGUCGACACAUUAGUCAGAGCGCUGAAAAGGGAUGCUGAUAGACUCUUAUGUCUUGCACUUCCGUGGCGACAUCGCUCAUUCGAGUCGCUCUCUAGGUGUCUCGGGUAACGGAGCUCUAUCGGAGAGCGGUGCGACAUCUAAGCCACGUCACACGAAGAGUUCCUGUCUAAGGAUUGCGAGAGCUCCGUGGAGCGUGUAGAACUGUGUUGACUCGACCCGGUAUGGAGAACGUGGUUCCACUCGCCUUGAAUGGCUUGAUGUCAGCCGUCACCUAUUUCUGCACAUUACAAGCCAUCAAGAAAUUUGCUCCGAAGUUCCUCCAACGGGGGCGUUUCGGGAUCGAUCUGUGCAAAAGUUCUGGCGACAGAAUUCCCGAGUCGUUGGGCGUUGUGACCGGCACCUGCUUCCUUGUCCAGGUGUUUAUUUUCAUACCGGUGCUCUUCCUCCUCACGUCAGCACACGGCGUUUUUCGGCAUGAUCUUCUCGUGGAGAUCCUGGCUGCUUUGUUGUCCAUUUGCAGCAUGAUGUUCCUCGGAUUUGCUGACGAUGUGCUCGAUCUCAAAUGGAGGGACAAGCUCUCGCUGCCAACGAUAGCGAGUCUCCCUCUUCUCGGGGUUUACUACGUCAAUUUCAACGGAACCACUGUGCUCGUACCGAAACCUCUCCGUUUCUUGUUAGGAGGAAGUUUGAACUUGGGACCGCUAUACUACAUCUACAUGUGCAUGCUUGCGGUGUUCUGCACGAACGCCAUCAAUAUACUCGCGGGCAUAAACGGACUCGAGACCGGUCAAUCACUCGUCAUCUCGGCAUCUAUCUCGACGUUCAGUUUCGUGGAAUACUUUUUAAGAGGGGAGCUGGGGCACGUACUGAGUCUGUGUUUGAUGCCGGCAUUCUUCGGCACCACACUGGCACUGUACAAAUUCAAUAAGUAUCCCUCGAAGGUAUUCGUCGGUGACACUUUCUGUUACUAUGCUGGUAUGACGUUUGCGUGCUCUGCGAUUCUGGGCCAUUUCUCCAAGGCGAUGCUUCUAUUCUUCAUUCCGCAGGUACUGAAUUUCCUCUAUUCGGCCCCUCAAUUAUUUAAACUUAUUCCAUGCCCACGGCACCGUCUGCCUUUCUACAACCGCGAGAAUGGGCUCCUCCUGCCUUCGACGACGACAUUUAGAACCGACACUCUGAAGCCGAAUGGUGUGAGAGUUCUACGCUUCCUGCAGCUGUUCCGGCUCGUUAAAGUUGAGCAGCACCAAGAGCCGCAUACGGUUGAAAUAAAUAACUUGACUAUCAUCAACCUCAUUCUCGUUUUCAAAGGGCCAACCAACGAAGGAGAGCUAGUACGGCUCCUGAUGAGGAUCCAGAUUUUCUGUAGCUUGGUCGCUUUCUCAUGUUAUUAUGCCAUCGGCCAGGUCCUCUUUUGAUUAGCGUUAUAAUGAAGUUGUAUAUGACCGUACAGUCUAAUGUAAUGAACUGAAACAGACCUCAUUGUAAGCUAAUAA